AUGUUUACUCCGUCAAGACAAAACAGAGAAUCUGCUUAUUUUAAUGAAGAAAGUCAAUUUGGUGGAGAGUCAAUUAUUUUCCCCACAUUGAAGGCUUUGAGGACAAGCGACCCAAUACCCAGGCGACUCGUUGAAAGCCCAGCCAAGGUUUUUGCGAGGAUGAAGGCUAGAGUUCAGACAGAGAGAAUAGCGGUUGAGAAUGAGGGGACCAAAACACCUAAACCUGUCCAAGAAAAACGAGUUAGAGGAAAAAAUGUCAGAGAAAAGCGAGUCCAAGAAAAACAUGGUGGAGUAAUGAGUUCGCCAAGAAAAAUACAUCAGCCUUGGGUGAACUAUGAACAAAAGGAAAACGAGGACCUUGAAUUCACUAAUGAGGCAGAGGCUCUGACCCUUUCACCAGGUCAAUCACCAAGGAAGGGCUUGACGCAUCCAUACUUUGUGGUCCACAAACAAGACCUUCAACGACCAUCACCUCAGAAAGACAUGGGUAGUGCAUUCAAGCCAACCAACAGAAAUACACCCAUGAAAGGCCCACCUCUGGAUGCUUUCUCAGUAGCAUGGUCUCCAAGGAAAGCGUUGUCUCAUCCCAAGGAAAGCCAGACCUUUGACUUCACUAAUGAGGCUGAGGCUCUGACCCUUUCACCAGUUCAAUCACCAAGGCAGAGUUUGACACAUACGUACUUGGUCCACACAGAAGACCUUCAAAGACCUUCACCCUUGAAAGACAUGCAUAGUGCAUUCAAGCCAACCAACAGAAAUACACAAAAUAAGGGCUUAACUCUGGAUGCUUUCUCAACACAGUCCCCAAAGAAAGCUUUGUCAUACCUGUACACUCAACUCAGCUCAAAUGACAUCCAACAACCAGCCCCCCCAAAAUACUUCAAAGGGGCCUUCCAGACAACCAACAGAACUACACCAGUGAAAAGGUCAACGCAAAGGUCGAAGUCAACUGAAGAUUAUAAUGGAAAAACUGCAUUUGGGGCACAUGACAUUGUACAAGAUCCUUCGGUUUUCAGUAAGUUGUGAUGUUUCUCUUAUUCUCAAUUAUUGUGUCAAUCAACUAAGGUUGCUAGGUUGUCAGAAAUACUUUAAUUGAAGACUUUAAGAUAGAUUAUUCAUUUUUUAUGUUUUUAAAAACAAAGGUUUUCUGCACAGGGUGUCAUGUUGCUUUGGAUAGACUGCCCUUUCUGGAAUCUCCAGCAAAUAUGUGUUCUCUCCUGUUAGAGAGAAGGCAAAAGAGGGACCAACAAGAUGGUUAUCAAGUGAGCAGCCCGCAGGAUCCCAUAACUGGAGGUGAGAGCUAGAAAUGUAGAGCAUCUGAUGUCGACUCAACAAACAGAGCAAUCUUUCAAACCACCUUUCUCUGCUCUUCACAGGAUGUGCCCGUGUGCGCAGCAUGUUGACCCCUGCACAUGUCGCCGGGGGGAAUGAAGAGGAUGCCAGUGUGAAUGUGACCUGUGGUGUCGCCGCAGUGCCCACUAGCCUAUCAGAGACCAGUGUUCCCUCGAGUCCAGAGGCCGGCCCCAGCCAGUGUGGGUACUACUGUGCCGAGCCUCCCCCUAGGCCCCUCCCAGACCUGGUGCACGACCACCUCCUGCAGGUCUCACCAAAGAUCUCCAUCCCCAAGAAGCAAGAGGCUGUAUUCCAAUCCAAGCAGAUUGCAGAGUCCAAUGGAUCUAAUGUAAGUAGAUGGUCUUGAUGGUGCUGUUUCAUCUGAGUUUGUUGCUGUUAGCUUUGUAUUUUUGCUGGGAAGUUAUGUUCUCUUGUAUGGUAUCUGGUGUGACCACCACCAUUUGCCUCAUGCAGCGCGACACAUCUCCUUCGCAUAGAGUUGAUCAGGCUGUUGAUUGUGGCCUGUGGAAUGUUGUCCCACUCUUCUUCAAUAGCUGUGCGAAGUUAGUGGAUAAUGGCGGGAACUGGAACACGCUGCCGUACACGUCGAUCCAGAGCAUGUCUGGUGAGUAUGCAGGCCAUGGAAGAACUGGGACAUUUUCAGCUUCCAGGAAUUGUGUACAGAUCCUUGAGACAUGGGGCUGUGCAUUAUUAUGCUGAAACAUGAGUUGAUGGUGGCGGAUGAAUGGCACAACAAUGGGCCUCAGGAUCUCGUUACGGUAUCUCUGUACAUUCAAAUUGCCACCGAUAAAAUGCAAUUGUGUUCGUUGUCCGUAGCUUAUGCAUUCCCAUACCAUAACUCCACGGCCAUCAUGGGGCACUCUGUUCACAACGUUGACAUCCAAACCGCUCGCCCACACGACGCCACACACGCUGUCUGCCAUCUGCCCGGCACAGUUGAAACCGAGAUUAAUCUGUGAAGAGCACAUUUCUCCAGCGUGCCAGUGGCCAUCAAAGGUGAGCAUUUGCCCAUUAAAGUCGUUUACGACACCGAACUGCAGUCAGGACAAGACCCUGGUGAGGACAACGAGCACGCAGAUGAGCUUCCCUGAGACAGUUUCUGACAGUUUGUGCAGAAAUACUUCGGUUGUGCAAACCCACAGUUUCAUCAGCUGUCCGGGUGGCUGGUCUCAAUAUACGGACAGGUGAGACAAAAAAACUGGUUGCUGUUCAUUUUGUACAAGCUGGACAUCCUAUUAGUUCUCUGAAAUGCAUUGGAAUAUAAAUGGUCAAGAUGUCACGCGGGGGAGGGAACAUUGAGAGUAAACUAAUUCAAAGGGAAUCUUUCUGGAUCCACUUGGCCUUAACGAGGAGUUCGACUUAAAACAAUUUUUAUAGUUCCAAAAUGUCCAAAUCAUUGUGUUUUCUAUCCUAACUGAAUAUUGUGUAUAUAUAUUACUGUAGAUAUUGAUCACAUUCCUUGUGUAUGGUCAUAUAUUGUUAUACAUUGAAUGUUGAUAUUGUGAACCUAUGUUAUAUAUUCUUACCUCCUGUUUCAGGAAGUGAUGUCACUGAGUACUGCCCCUGUAUAUAGGACCUUCCACCCACACCUGGGAUAUGGAUGCUUGAUGAAGACCUAAGGGUCGAAACGUUGUUAUAAUAAAAUCACCAGGGAGCAUGAGCAGCAGUGUGCAGCAUUUUCAUCUUCAUUUUCCAUCUUUUAUUUCAGCUCCUGAAACAUGGGACCAACACUUUACAUGUUGCGUUUAUAUAUUUGUUCAGUGUACGUGAUCGAUAUCUACCUAUAUAACUAUUAAUGUCUAUUGCUUCAUAGGCUACAGGAAUUCACCUUAGGCGCUGGAUCCUGAAGGGUAGUAGCAGCAGCCUGUAUGUGGAAGGUUUCCGUGUGUAAGUAGAAUUGAUUGUUUCUCGGAAUCAUAUUCUAAAGUGAUACCACAGGUUCAAUAGCAAGUCAUUAUUUUGGUAAACGCAAAUGUUGAUUCACUUACUUAUCUCUAUGAUUUUCCACCAAGGGACAACAAAAUGCCCUGGCAUAGCAACACCAUCGCAGAGCGAAUGUCAAGCAACAUCCUGAAAACCACAUCGGGCAGCACUUACGUCCUGGUGGGGAAAAUGGCCCCGGAUCUCAGCGGAACUCGUAAAUCAGAAAUAAUGUUCCAUUUUGGAAUAUGUGUUAAUCAUGCACAGCCAUAAUAGAACUCAUUAUGAUGCUUUCUUCUUGUUUUUGUGCCUUUCUCCUCGACAAGAACUCCCAACAUGGCUGUUGAAGAAGUUUCUCUUUGGCUUCCCAAAGAAUUGGAAGGAAUACCUUGAGCGCUUUUUGUCAGAGCCGAAAGGGUAAGUUGUGUCUCUGAGGUCGUGCCAUUUGUGUCAAGCGUCUGAGUAGGAGUGAUAUGCUGAUCUAGGAUCAGGUCCCCCCGGUGUCCAUGUGUUCUUAUUCAUAGGCUGCGUUUACACAGGCAGCCCAAUUCUAAUCUUUUUUUGACAAAUCAGAUCAGCUCUUUUGCCAAUAACUGUGCAGUAGAUCAUAAUUUGGUAAACGCAGCCGUAUUGAUCUAAAAGGCAAAACUGAUUCGAAAUCAGUACUCCUAUUCUGAAAGGCUUGAUGCCUACUGCCCCAGGUCAGGUCGUUAAAAGAGAACGUGUUCUUUUCAAUGACAUACCUGGAUAAAUAAAGGCAAUGCAUAAAAUCCUCUGAUUUCAAUAGGUCUUUAUCUGUCUCUUGGGCUAUUCAGGUUUAACGAGUGUUGUAGUCAUAUCUGUUUGUGUUAACAUCUAGUGCUUCUAUUUUGUCAAUUGUUUGUAAUGACAAAUGCAGUUCAGAAGCUGACAACAGUAAAGGUCCAAAAGGGAGCAAGGACCUGGUAACGCCCCAGAACCAAAACCACCUCUCCACCAAGAUGCAGUCUUCCACAUCCCUGAAGCUAAAGGCCACUAAGAGACGUGAGUCCAAAAGUUGGCUUCACAAAUGCUCACUGUAUUUAUACUGGUAGUACUCAUGUCUCUUGUUUUAAUUAUUGAUUGAACAACAAAUUAAUCUAUAGAUGAAUUUAUAUUUAUAAAUCUGGGAAGGUUCAUCCUAUUCAUGUUUAAUAUUGCUCAUCCAACAGCUGCUCCUUGCAGUGCCACCUCUGAGGCGAGCCGUGCUAAGGUUUCCCGGAGUGGCCGCCUUCUCAAGACCCCUCUGGAGUACUGGAAAGGGGCCAGAGUCAUCUUGGAUUGUGACAUGAACGUCACCAUUCUAUCAGGUUAUGGCGAGUCGUCCAUCCUUCAAUCGGUAAGCUGCUGCUGCUCCAUUUUUUCCUGUAUAUUGUAGAGCAGUGUACCCCAAGCCACUUAUUUAAGUAUUUAAUGUAUUCCAGUUCUAACACACCUGAAUCAACUAAUCACCAAGCCCUUCAUUUGUUGAAUUAGGUGUGCUAGUUCUGGAAUACAUCCAAUACGUGGAAUGGCUGGGGGUUGCUGAGAGGUUUGGGAAACACUGUUGUAGAGUGAGUUAUCGCGUUGCUGCGUUAAACUGAUAAGUUAUUUCCUUUCUUUCUCAGCGAAUAAGUACACCUGUAGCCAGAAAAUUGUCACUGCUACCACCAAAAUCAGCCAAGGUGUUAUUAACUCCAGCAGAAGGUAUGUUUUUUCUGUACAUAAGCUUGGGAAUGCCUUUAUCCUCGUAUCCCAGCUCCAACAAAGAUGGCGACUACAGUUUAUUUGACAGUGUUGUGUUGUGUUCUACAGAGCGGCUGCGAGAUGACACCAGUGAGGAGGCUGUGCCACUGAGAAAAGUGACGGCCUAUCACAGGCCUCAGAGGUCGAAGCCAGAGAAGAACCCCUCUCCCGGGACCCCCAAGUCUCAGAGGGGUAAGGCUGAGGACAACCCCACUCCCGGGGGCCCCGAAAGGCCCAAGAAGACCAGCCCAGAGCCUCCCAGGUUCAUAUCUUUAGAGAACCCCUCUAACAGGGGCCACGGAAGACCCAAGAAGACUAGUCCAAACUCUCAGUGGUCUAAGCCUGAGAACCUCUCCACCAGAGGCCCCGGAAAACCGAAGAGGGCCAGCCCAGCAUCUCUGAGGUCCAAGUCUGAAGUGAUCCUCUCUCCUAAGCACCUGGGACAGCCCAGGAAAACCAGCCUAAGGUCUCAGAGUGCAGCAGCGCCGGCCGCAUACGCAGACCCUGCCCCACAAUUCCUGACCCCUCCACAUCGCUCCCUCCAGGGCGCCAACAAACAGAGCAGCCAUGACGACUCGGACAACACCAAUACACCCACAGAACUGUUGCCAGGGAAACCGAUUAAGGGUUCAGAUAAAGCAGACCGGAAAGUGCUUGAAAUGCCAAAGAUAAGGGUUAGUCGUCAGAAGAAGCUCCCAGCGAAGCUCCAUGAUGACAUCGAGAUGGAGGGGAAAGACACAGGGAGUCGUGCGCCCACAAAGACCGGGUCAGCUGCCAUGGGUAGGAGUAGGAACGUUCAGGGCAGUGGUAGUGGUACUGCCGAGGAGUCCCAGUCUGAUGACAAUUUCGCACCUAAAAAAAGGCCUAAGGCAAAGGCAGUCAAAUCAGGACCCAUAAAGCCACGGGGUAUGAGGACAUGUGGAAGGGUUCCGAAAGGUUCCGAAUCAGCGACGAGUCAGUUGUUGACUUCCUCGGACGACUGUAAGAGGGAAUUGACGAAAAGGGCUGUCCCGCAGACACCAAGAGAAAAAGUGGGAAAAUUUGCCAGGGUUCAGCAGGGAAAAAAGGAAGAAAAUGCAGAUCAGUGGACAGAGGCGGAACUUCUGAGACUACAUGAGUAAGUUGCUAUCCACAUAGGGCGUCAUUUUGCAUGCAUCGCUCAGUUUACUUAACUCUGGUUAAACAAUGGUCUCCUUAUAACGCACUUUGUUGAAGAAAAGUUUCAAGCAAGCUAGCAUGUAUAGGCCUAAAUGUGUGCAAAUUGCUUUGUUUAUAUAGAAACAGGACUGUAUUAGUGUAUGUCAACUUCCGGUGUGUGUGUGUUUGGCAUUCAGGGCUGUUACAUCAUUUCCUAAAAACAUGAAUAACUUCUGGUUGAACGUUGGCAUGGGGGUGGGCACCCGUUCAGCCGAGGAGUGCCAGGAGCAGUACAACGCCCAGGCCGCCACCAAGUCCACGAAGAAAAAGGAAGUGCCCCAAAAGAAGGAGCUAUGUAAGUUACUUUAUCUAGUAUUUUUAUCCAUAUCAUGGGACCUUAUAUGUCUUAGUGAAGGUCUCCCAUACAAGCUCUAACCAUGACAACCAAUGCUUAGCAUCUGUGAUUGUUCAUGGCUUUUACCAGUGUUCUACCGUAGUGUUGGUCUUUUAUUAAUGAAUUAACUCAAUGACAGAACACAUUGGGCUCUCACUGAUUGCAAUUUAUUUUAAUGGUGAACAAUAGGUUUUUUAUUGAAUCAAAAUCUAUACAGUCUGUACGUCAAUAAGAAUUACCGAGAAUUUAUGUGACAAUGUCAUAUAUUAUAUUUGAACUGUAGUGACGGAACCACCCCAGAUAACCGCGAGAAAGGGCACACUGAAGCGGAAGCAGCAGGUGAGGAACCUCCUGGACCACAUGCCCAAAGACGACCACGAUGACAUCUUCAACAGCUCUCCCAUGCAGAACAAGCGGGUCAAGGUGUGUUGUGUUUCCGCCUGGGGUGCAACGUCUCAAACACUCAACAAUGUUGCCGUUUUUGGUUCUUUAGGAAAAUAUUGCAUAUGUACAUUAAGUGGUGCUGGAGGUCAAAUAAUAUAUUCAGCAAAAUUCAAAGACUCCUCCACACACUAAAGUUUUGUAUUCUUCCAACGUGUGUCCUUAAGCCAAUAUAGAUAUAGAUUGUCAUCUUGCUUGCAUGUGCAAAAUGUAUAUUUAACAACUGCUAAUAUAUACAGUUGAAGUCGGAAGUUUACAUACUCCUUUGCCAAAUACAUUUAAACUCAGUUUUUCACAAUUCCUGACAUUUAAUCCUAGUAAAAGUUCCCUGUUUUAGGUAAGUUAGGAUCACCACUUGUGAAAUGUCAGAAUAAUAGUAGAGAGAAUGAUUUAUUUCAGCUUUUAUAUCUUUCAUCAGAUUCCCAGUGGGUCAGCAGUUUACAUACACUCAAUUAGUAUUUGGUAGCAUUGCCUUUAAAUUGUUUAACUUGGGUCAAACGUUUCGGGAAGCCUUCCACAAGCUUCCCACAAUAAGUUGGGUGAAUUUUGGCCCAUUCCUCCUGACAGAGCUGGUGUAACUGAGUCAGGUUUGUAGGCCUCCUUGCUCGCACAUGCUUUUUCAGUUCUGCCCACAAAUGUUCUAUAGGAUUGAGGUCAGGGCUUUGUGAUGGCCACUCCAAUACCUUGACUUUGUUGUCCUUAAGCCAUUUUGCCACAACUUUGGAAGUAUGCUUGGGGUCAUUGUCAUUUUGGAAGACCCAUUUGCGACCAAGCUUUAACUUCCUGACUGAUGUCUUGAGAUGUUGCUUCAAUAUAUCCACAUCAUUUUCCUUCCUCAUGAUGCCAUCUAUUAUGUGAAGUGCACCAGUCCCUCCUGCAGCAAAGCACCCCCACAGCAUGAUGCUGCCAACCCCGUGCUUCACGGUUGGGAUGGUGUUCUUCGGCUUGCAAGCCACCUCCUUUUUCCUCCAAACAUAACAAUGGUCAUUAUGGCCAAACAGUUCUAUUUUUGUUUCAUCAGACCAGAGGACAUUUCUCCAAAAAGUACGAUCUUUGUCCCCAUGUGCAGUUGCAAACCAUAGUCUGGCUUUUUUAUGGUGGUUUUGGAGCAGUGUCUUCUUCCUAGCUGAGCGGCCUUUCAGGUUAUGUCGAUAUAGGACUAGUUUUACUGUGGAUAUAGAUACUUUUGUACCUGUUUCCUCCAGUAUCUUCACAAGGUCCUUUGCUGUUGUUCUGGGAUUGCUAUGCACUUUUCGCACCAAAGUACGUUCAUCUCUAGGAGACAGAACGCGUCUCCUUCCUGAGCGGUAUGACGGCUGCGUGGUCCAAUGGUGUUUAUUAUACUAUUGUUCGUACAGAUGAACGUGGUACCUUCAGGCGUUUGGAAAUUGCUCCCAAGGAUGAACCAGACUUGUGGACGUCUACAGUCUUUUUUCUGAGGUCUUGGCUGAUUUCUUUUGAUUUUCCCAUGAUGUCAAGCAGAGGCACUGAGUUUGAACGUAGGCCUUGAAAUACAUCCACAGGUACACUUCCAACUGACUCAAAUGAUGUCAAUUAGCCUAUCAGAAGCUUCUAAAGCCAUGACAUCAUUUUCUGGAAUUUUCCAAGCUGUUUAAAGGCACAGUCAACUUAGUGUAUGUAAACUUCUGACCCACAGUGAAAAAUUAUAAGUGAAAUAAUUCCAAACGCCUGAAGGUACCACGUUCAUCUGUACGAACAAUAGUAUAAUAAACACCAUAUAUAUAUAUAUAUAUAUAUAUAUAUAUAUAUAUAUAUAGUAGCAGUCAAAAGUUUGGACACACCUACUCAUUCCAGGGUUUUUCUUUAUUAUUACUAUUUUCUACAUUGUAGAAUAAUAGUGAAGACAUCAAAACUAUGAAAUCACACAUGGAAUCAUGUAGUAACCAAAGAAGUGUUAAACAAAUCAAAAUAUAUUUUAAAUUUUAGAUUCUUCAAAGUAGCACUCCAUCACUCUCCUUCUUGGUCAAAUAGCCCUUACACAGCCUGAAAAACAAAUGAUAGUCCCACGAAGCGCAAAACAGAUGGGAUGGCGUAUCGCUGCAGAAUGCUGUGGUAGCCAUGCUGGUUAUGUGUGCCUUGAAUUCUAAAUAAAUCACAGACGGUGUCACCAGCAAAGCACCAUCACACCACCUCCUCCAUGCUUCACUGUGGGAGCAACACUUGCAGAGAUAAUCCGUUCACCUACUCUGCGUCUCACAAAGACACGGCGGUUGGAACCAAAAAUCUCAAAUUUGGACUCAUCAGACCAAAGGACACAUUUCCACCGGUCUAAUGUCCAUUGCUCGUGUUUCUUGGCCCAAGCAAGUCUCCUCUUCUUAUUGGUGUCCUUUAGUAGUGGUGUCUUUGCAGCAAUUUGACCAUGAAGGCCUGAUUCACGCAGUCUCCUCUGAACAGUUGAUGUUGAGAGGUCUGUUACUUGAACUCUUUGAAGCAUUUAUUUGGGCUGCAAUUUCUGAGGCUGGUAACUCUAAUGAACUUAUCCUCUGCAGCAGAGGUAACUCUGGGUCUUCCUUUCCUGUGGCGGUCCUCAUGAGAGCCAGUUUCAUCAUAGAGCUUGAUGGUUUUUGCGACUGCUGUUGAAGAAACAUUCAAAGUUCUUGAAAUUUUUCGGAUUGACUGACCUUCAUGUCUUAAAGUAAUGAUGGACUGUCGUUUCGCUUUGCUUUUUUGAGCUGUUCUUGCCAUAAUAUGGACUUGGUCGUUUACCAAAUAGGGCUAUCUUCUGUAUACCAACCCUACCUUGUCACAACACUCAAUUGGCUCAAAUGCAUUAAGAAGGAAAGAAAUUCAACAAAUUAACUUUUAACAAGGCACACCUGUUAAAUGAAAUGCAUUCCUGGUGACUACCUCAUGAAGCUGGUUGAGAGAAUGCCAAGAGUGUGAAAAGCUGUCAUCAAGGCAAAGGUGGCUACUUUGAAGAAUCUCAAAUAUAAAAUAUAUUUUGAUUUGUUUAACACUUAGGUUACUACAUGAUUCCAUAUGUGUUAUUUCAUAGUGUUGAUGUCUUCACUAUUAUUCUACAAUGUAGAAAAUAGUAAAAAUAAAGAAAAACCCUUGAAUGAGUAGGUGUCCAAACUUUUGACUGGUACUGUAUGCUUGCUUCUCUUCCAUUUCUAAAAGCUUGUAUGUGCAAAAUGCAGCUGAUAGCUUCACUUGUUUCUCUGAAGCUUACAAAAAACGUGCAGCAAUCAGAAAGGUAUUGCCUAAACUAACCGUGUGCUCUCUUGUGAAUUAGUUGCCCACAGUGUCUCCCAAUAGGAAGGAGGAUGUGUUCAUGCGCUCUGAGCAGGACCCACAAACCCCCAGUUCAUCACGCUUCCCAUCAGUGAAAACUCCUCAGUGUCUCCACAUCACCCAGGGCAUGAUGGGCUCAGUGAACCGGUAAACAGAACUAUACCACUGACAUGGUGGUCCUCGGUAGCUCAGUUGGAAGAGCAUGGCGCUUGCAACACCAGGAUAGUGGGUUCGAUUCCCGGGACCACCCAUAUGUAAAAUGCAUGCAUGACUAAGUCGCUUUGGAUAAAAGUGUUUGCUAAAAUGGCGAAAGGCUACCCCAAUCGCUGCUUAUAGAAUGAGCAAUUUAAUACUGUAUUUAAGUUGUAAUGUGUGCGGUUUGUUUUUAAAUCAUUCACUCAUUGGCUAUUACAAGAGCGGUGGUACUACCGGUAAAUGAACGGUUAUGUUGGUUUUUUCAAAACAUUCUAAAAUCUGAAACUUUUCAUCAAAUGUUUCAGAGGCAACGAUGACAAGUAUGUCUACCAACUUCAAAAAAAAAUGAAAAAAAGCCAAGCUAAGCUGCAUAAAUUGGGGGCCGCUUCAAAGGUAUGCUGUUUUGAAUGGAAUAUUUCUGAGGAGCUUAUCGACAAAAUAAUGGCUUUGUUCAGUCAUAUACAGGAUGCCUUGGGCCAUUGUGAAAAUGAAGCUGUCUCAAAGAUGCCAUGAACAACUCUAGGGCAGUGCUCUGGAAAAAAUGUGAUAGUCAGGAGAGGAUACCUUUAAAGUCUUUCACUGUUUAUAGUUUUGAGUUCUUAUUUUUACAGAAUGUUCUUUUUUUUAACAUCUGCAUUUUCCAUCAUAGCACAUGCCAACUCCAUCAGCCAAACAUGUUUUGAAGAGAUGCAAUAUCGGUAAGUGUUAUUUUUUAAUGAAGAUUUUUCUUGAGGUAUUUUAUACUUUUUCUGAACUUGAGAAUUUGGAAACCUUAUUUACUCAAUAAUAUGUUUACUUGUCUUUCAGCGGAGAAUGAUUCUUCUUUUGUGGUGUGGGAAAUGUUCCCUGAUAAGGAGGACCAUUCAGUGGAA